AUGGACUACCCCAAGAGCGAAGAGGAAAAGGCCUACGGCACCACGGUGUACACUGCCGACAAAGGCAAGGAGGUCGAGACCGACAGCUCGUUGGAGCCCAAGAGCGGCGAGCUCAAACGCACGUUUUCCGUGUGGUCGGUGUUGGGGAUCGGCUUUGGCUUGACCAACUCGUGGUUCGGCAUCUCGGCCUCGCUCGUCACCGGCAUCCAGUCCGGAGGCCCGUUGAUGAUUGUCUACGGUAUCAUCAUCAUUGCGUUCAUCUCGUACAACAUCGGCAUCACGCUUUCCGAGCUCUCGUCCGCCAUUCCCUCGGCCGGCGGCCAGUACGUGUGGACGCGUGUGCUCUCGCCCCGCAAGUACUCGGGGUUCUUGGCGUACCUCUGCGGCUCGUUGGCAUAUGCCGGGUCGCUCUUCACCAGCGCGUCCAUGGCGCUCAGUCUUGCGCUGACCAUCAUGGGCUUCUGGAACUUGAUGCACCCGGCGCACGUGACCCGGACCUGGGAGCUCUUUGUGGUGUACCAGCUCGUGAACGCGUCGCUCGUGGUGUUCAACUGCUACGGCAAGUACUUGCCGUACAUCGCCAACGGCGCGCUCUACACGUCGUUGUUCUCAUAUACGGUCAUCACGCUCACGGUCUUGGUGUGUGCCCGCGGCAAUUACCAGCUGGCGGACUUUGUGUUUGUCAAGUUCGAAAACAACACCGGCUGGCAGAGCGCGGGCAUCGCGUUCAUCGUGGGCUUGAUCAACCCGAACUGGAGUUUCUCGUGUCUUGACUCCGCGUCGCACUUGGCGGAGGAGGUGCACAACGCGGACCGCGUGAUCCCCAUCGCCAUUUUGGGCACGGUGACCAUCGGCAUGGUCACGUCGUUGACGUACGCCAUCUCCAUGUUUUUCUGCGUGACCAACUUGGACGACAUCAUCAACAACGGCACGGGCUUGCCCAUUCUCGACAUCUACUACCAGGCGUUGAACAACAAGGCCGGCGCCAUCUGCUUGGGCACCUUGAUGUUGCUCACGGGAAUCGGCUGCACGGUCUCGUCGCACACCUGGCAGGCCAGAUUGUGCUGGUCGUUCAGCAGGGACAACGGCUUGCCUUUCUCCAAGUACUUGUCCAUCGUGGACCCCAACUUGGGCGUGCCCUUGAACGCCCACUUGGUGUCGUCAGUGCUCGUGGCCAUUUUGGGCUGCUUGUACUUGGCGUCGCUGACGGCGUUCAACUCCAUGGUGGUCGGAUGCAUCACGUUCUUGUUGUUGAGCUACAUGGUGCCCACGUUGUGUUUGUUGUACCGCGGCCGCAACAACAUCCGCCACGGGUGUUUCUGGCUCGGCAACUGGGGCUUGUUUGCCAACAUCAUGACCGUUGCAUGGACGGUGUUCGCCUUGGUCUUCUUCUCGCUUCCGUCGGAAAUGCCGGUCAGCGCCAGCUCCAUGAACUACGUCAGUGCCGUGUACGCGGUGUACGCCGUUCUCGCCAUGGGCUACUGGUUCUUCCCCAUCAAGGAGUACUCGUGCAGGGCCCACUUUGCCGGUGGGCUCGGCAACAACGACGAGGAGGAGUUUCCGGAUGUGUGUCUCACGGACUUGUGA